CUAUGGCCUCCUCGGCGCCUCUGGUUGUGGCAAAACUACCUUACUCUCUUGCAUUGUGGGACGACGACGUCUUGACUCUGGCGAAAUUUUCGUGCUCGGUGGCAAACCGGGAACACCUGGCUCAGGCGUGCCGGGCAAGCGUGUCGGCUACAUGCCACAGGAGAUCGCCUUAUACGGCGAAUUCUCCAUACGUGAAACAAUGAUGUAUUUCGGUUGGAUAUUCGGUAUGGGCACCAAGGAGAUUAUCGAGCGGCUGCAGUUCCUGUUGAAUUUCCUUGAUCUGCCUUCUGAGAAACGUUUGGUGAAGAAUUUGAGUGGUGGCCAACAGCGACGUGUCUCCUUUGCCGUGGCCUUGAUGCAUGAUCCAGAAUUGUUGAUUCUGGACGAGCCAACCGUGGGUGUAGAUCCGUUAUUGCGGCAAAGUAUUUGGAGUCAUUUGGUGCAUAUCACAAAGGCUGGACAAAAGACAGUCAUCAUAACGACACAUUACAUUGAGGAAGCGCGUCAGGCGCAUACGAUUGGUCUUAUGCGUUCCGGUCAUUUGCUGGCGGAGGAGUCUCCAAGCGUUUUACUGUCAAUGUACAAAUGUAUUAGUCUGGAAGAGGUGUUCCUAAAGCUGUCGCGCAUGCAGAGCCAAAAAGGAGAAAUAUCCAAUGUAAACUUUAGUAAUAAUAUUUCAUUACACGCCAUGGCAUUCGGCAGUAAAAUGGAUAAGCCCGGCUCGAGUCAAGAAGGAGGUGUGGUCGGAUUGAAUUUCCAUCAGAGCAAAGAAGUGCUGAUUAGCGAAACAAAUGGAUCGGUCUUUACGUUGAAUCAAGAACCCUAUGACCCGACGCCGCCCAUGAAACGCAACACUCCCAAAGAUGAAGAAAGCUGCCAGGAUUGCUAUGCGAAUCUAUGCAAGGUCACAACUAAAGGCAAAAUGAAAGCACUGCUAACCAAAAAUUUCCUGCGCAUGUGGCGCAAUGUUGGCGUAAUGCUGUUCAUCUUUGCAUUGCCCGUAAUGCAGGUGAUACUCUUCUGUUUGGCAAUUGGACGCGAUCCGACUGGUUUGAACUUGGCGAUCGUUAACAGUGAAAUGAACAAUACAAAUAUCUGCUAUUGGGAGGAUUCUUGCCAUUUCACGAAUCUCGGCUGCCGUUAUUUGAGCCAUCUGAACGACACUAUGGACAAAACGUACUACACGAAACUGGAGGAAGCUAAAGAUGCGGUGCGUGUAGGCAAAGCUUGGGGUGUGCUCUACAUAACGGAGAACUUCACGGAUGCAUUUGUGGCACGCGUAGCCUUGGGACGUGACGCUGACGAUGAGACCAUUGAGCAGUCGGAAAUUAAAGUGUGGCUGGAUAUGUCCAAUCAGCAAAUCGGAGUUAUGCUGAAUCGUGACAUACAACUGGCCUAUCGGGACUUUGCCAUGACGUUGCUGGAGCAAUGUGGCAAUAAUCCCAAACUUGGUGAUGUGCCUAUUCAAUUUAGAGAACCCAUUUAUGGCACAAUGAAUCCGUCGUUUACAGAUUUUGUUGCACCUGGUGUGAUAUUGACCAUUGUGUUCUUCUUGGCUGUUGCAUUGACGUCAUCCGCAUUGAUCAUCGAACGCACCGAGGUGAGUACGGUCAUAUGAGUUUAGUAGAUUUUGAGCGUAGAGAGUAUAUAAUUAUAUAACUACAUAGAAUUCGAACUGCAAAUAAAAACCAAUCAACUUACAGACGAAAUCUUUAGCUCAUCAAAUGUUGACAAAUUUAAUUG